GGCGGCGCUGCUUGGGCGACUCGUUGGUCCGGGAAGAUGGCGGCGCCGGAGCCGCGGCGUUAGGGCGAGUGCGGGCCGCAGCCGUGCCCUCGGCUCCACGCUCGGGCCAGCCAGGUGGAGGACAGGCGUGGCCUCGUGUGUUUAAGCCCCCCACGCCCCCCCCCCAGCCGCAGGGGCGGCCGGCACAGCACUGGGCGGUGUCAGUGAGGAGCCCCCCAGGCCUGCGGCGGGAUGGACCUGGCCUACGUCUGUGAGUGGGAGAAAUGGCCCAAGACCACCCACUGCCCUUCGGUGCCCCUGGCCUGCGCCUGGUCCUGCCGCAACCUCAUCGCCUUCACCACGGACGUGCGGAACGAGGACCAGGACCUGACCCGCACCAUCCACAUCCUGGACACGGAGCACCCCUGGGACGUGCACUCCAUCAGCUCGGGCCACAGCGAGGCCAUCACCUGCCUGGAGUGGGACCAGUCAGGCUCCCGGCUCCUGUCGGCUGACGCCGACGGGCAAAUCAAGUGCUGGAGCAUGGCUGAGCACCUGGCCAACAGCUGGGAGAGCCUGGUGGGCAGCUCGGUGGAGGGGGACCCGAUCGUGGCCCUGUCCUGGCUGCACAACGGUGUGAAGCUGGCCCUGCACGUGGAGAAGUCGGGCGCCUCCAGCUUCGGCGAGAAGUUCUCCCGCGUCAAGUUCUCGCCGUCGCUCACGCUGUUCGGGGGCAAGCCCAUGGAGGGCUGGAUCGCCGUGACGGUCAGCGGCCUGGUCACCGUGUCCCUGCUCAAACCCAGCGGGCAGGUGCUCACGUCCACCGAGAGCCUGUGCCGGCUGCGCGGCCGCGUGGCCCUGGCUGACAUCGCCUUCACGGGCGGCGGCAACAUCGUGGUGGCGGCGGCCGACGGCAGCAGCGCGUCCCCCGUGCAGUUCUACAAGGUGUGCGUGGGCGUGGUCAGCGAGAAGUGCCGCAUCGACACGGAGAUCCUGCCGUCGCUCUUCAUGCGCUGUACCACCGCGCUCAGCCGCAAGGACAGCUUCCCCGCCAUCACCCAUCUCAAGUUCCUGGCCCGCGACAUGUCCGAGCAGGUGCUCCUGUGUGCGUCCAGCCAGACCAGCAGCCUGGUGGAGUGCUGGUCCCUGCGGAAGGAGGGGCUGCCCGUCAACAACGUCUUCCAGCAGAUCUCCCCCGCCGUUGUCGACAAGCAGCCCAUGAUCCUCAAGUGGCGCAUCCUGUCGGCCACCAACGACCUGGACCGGGUGUCGGCCGUGGCGCUGCCCAAGCUGCCCGUCUCGCUCACCAACACCGACCUCAAGGUGGCCAGCGAUACGCAGUUCUACCCCGGCCUCGGGCUGGCCCUGGCCUUUCAGGACGGCAGCGUCCACAUCGUGCACCGGCUCUCCCUGCAGACCAUGGCCGUCUUCUACAGCUCCGCGGCCCCGCGGUCCGUGGACGAGCCGGCCAUCAAGCGCCCGCGCACCACGGGCCCCGCCGUCCACUUUAAGGCCAUGCAGCUCUCCUGGACGUCCUUGGCCCUCGUGGGCAUCGACAACCACGGGAAGCUGAGCCUGCUGCGCGUCUCGCCCUCCAUGGGCCACCCGCUGGACGUGAGCCUGGCCCUGCGGCACCUGCUCUUCCUGCUGGAGUACUGCAUGGUGACUGGCUACGACUGGUGGGACGUCCUGCUGCACGUGCAGCCGGCCAUGGUGCCCAGCCUGGUGGAGAGGCUGCACGAGGAGUCCACGCGCCAGAGCGCGGCCCUGCAGCAGGUGCUGUCCACCCGCAUCCUGGCCAUGAAGGCCUCGCUGUGCAAGCUGUCGCCCUGCACGGUGACCCGCGUGUGCGACUACCACACCAAGCUCUUCCUCAUCGCCGUCAGCUCCACCCUCAAGUCCCUGCUGCGCCCCCACUUCCUCAACACGCCCGACAAGAGCCCCGGCGACCGGCUGGCCGAGAUCUGCGCCAAGAUCACCGACGUCGACAUCGACAAGGUGAUGAUCAACCUGAAGACGGAGGAGUUUGUCCUGGACAUGAACACGCUGCAGGCCCUGCAGCAGCUCCUGCAGUGGGUGGGCGACUUCGUGCUCUACCUGCUGGCCAGCCUGCCCAACCAGGGCUCCCCGCUGCGGCCGGGCCACAGCUUCCUGCGGGACGGCGCCUCGCUGGGCAUGCUGCGGGAGCUCAUGGUUGUGACCCGCAUCUGGGGGCUGCUGAAGCCCAGCUGCCUGCCCGUCUAUGCGGCCACCUCCGACACCCAGGACAGUAUGGCCCUGCUCUUCCGGCUGCUCACCAAGCUCUGGAUCUGCUGCCGUGACGAGGGCCCGGCCAGCGAGCCGGACGAGGCUCUGGUGGACGAGUGCUGCCUGCUGCCCAGCCAGCUGCUCAUCCCCGGGCUGGACUGGCUGCCGGUCAGCGACGGCCUGGUCAGCCGCCUGCAGCCCAAGCAGCCGCUGCGCCUGCAGUUCGGGAAGGCGCCCACCCUGCCCGGCAGCGCCACCACCCUGCAGCUGGACGGCCUGGUCAGGGCCCCCGGCCAGCCCAAGAUCGACCACCUGCGCAGGCUGCACCUGGGCGCCUACCCCACGGAGGAGUGCAAGGCCUGCACCAGGUGCGGCUGCGUCACCAUGCUGCGGUCCCCCAACAAGGCCACGGCCGUGAAGCAGUGGGAGCAGCGCUGGAUCAAGAACUGCUUGUGUGGGGGGCUGUGGCGGCGGCUGCCCCUCAGCUGCCCCUGACCCCGACGCGGGCGGCCUGAUGGACACUCACUGCGCCCCGGCUCCCCGCGGAACACCCCGUGAGCGGACAGAGCCAGGGCCCUAACCCAAGAUGGCCGUCCCGUGUGACUGCCCGGGACACCUGUGCCUGUGGAGGGGGGGAGGGCUGGCCCAAUAAAGCCCCCACAGCUGUGCCCAUGUCCCGCCCCUCACUCGCCCCAUGUGCCCAGCUGUGCCCAGGCCCGGCCACAGGGGCCCUGCCCCCACCCUGCCAGGCGCCGGCUCCCUCCACCUCACAGCCGCCCGCAGGCCCCCAGCCUGGGGCAGCCAGGGGAGUGACCGCCGGGGCAGGGAGCCCUUGGCAGCCCUGUGUUGUGUCCCGGGGCCUGCACUGGGAGGGAGCCCAGGCCACGUGUGGAGGCCACGUGUCUCCUGGGUUCCGUCACCGCCUGUCCCCACACCCCGUCUUGUCCCAGACCCACGGGAGCUGAGUGUGGGCGCGCUUGGGGCAGCCACAGGGGAGACCCGGAACAUCCUGUCCCCGCCUGUGGGUCAGCGGCCACAGGGCCCGGGCUGAGUGCCCUGGUGGGGAUCCCACGGCACCCAGGAGUCUGCAGGGUGGGGGCCCCAGGCCAUUUGGGCUGCACACACGUGUCUCGGGCCCAGGAGGUGAUGCAGCCACAAACUCCCGUCCUCCAGGGCCUUCCGUGGCUCCCACUGACCACAGGAAGAGGGUGGAGCCACCAGCCCACUCGGGCACGGCCCCACGAGCCUGACCUCAGAAACAGCUCAGACUGUAGGAUGCCCGUGACGUCCGCCUAGGCUGUGGACACAUGAGGUCCCCAAAGAACUGGGCCUGUGUGCCCGCCCCGCCCACCUCUGACAGCGAGUCGCCAACACCCCGUCUACAUAACUACAUAUUGUGGAACCCUGGAAGCUGCACGCCGGCCCUCGAUGGCCCCCCAGGACGGGCGCGGUGGGCUGGGCCGGGCGCCAGGCUCAGUCCCGGCUGCUCCACUUCCCACCCAGCUCUCUGCCGAGACACCUGGGAAGGCAGUGGGUGAUGGCCCAAGUUCUUGGGUGCCCACACCCACCUGGGGGACCCGGGUGGAGCUUCCGGCUUUGGCCUGGCCCAGCCCAGCCUUGUGGCCACUUUGGGAGUGUCACUGAGUGGGAGACCUCUCUCUCGCCCCCUCAUUCUUCCAAGUAAAUAAAAGUUUAAGAAGAAA